CCUGCCAUUCCGCCAUGCCGCCACGCCCAUGCCCUUGUCGCUCUCAAUCGUAGCAUCCCGCCUGAGCCACAGCACAUCGCAUCACAUCACAUCACAUCACCAUAACCAUCUCCAGACUGCGCUCCUUUCGACCUCAAGACGCCUGCGAAACGUCGACCCCACCCCAGAAACAAACCCACGCAGGCUUGUCGAACUAUCACCAAGCACCAAACUCAAGAUCAACUUCAGACCACUUUGGAUGCGACCUUCCCUCUGCAUUCAGCAGCCGUCGAGCUGAUUAGGAGCCCGCAGUGGCAUUCGUACCCCCAUCAUGCGGCCUCCGAGAGUCAUCAUAGCCGUGGCCUUCUUUAUGACCACGGUUUUCUUGACAUUCCUCAGUCUACGCUCGUCUUAUCAGCCGCAGACGAUCACGACAAGUACUCCAGCGACCCCGAAGACCGGAAUACGAUCGUUCUUUGCUUUCCGAGCACCCUUCUCCCUCUUCCCGCCGAAUGCCAUCAUCACUUUGACACAUGAUAAUACGACUGCUUUCCUAGCGCGGCCUGCUGGUUUUGGGCCUCUGCUACCAUCAGCCGGCCUUAAGGGGCAGGUAUGGAUUGGAAGUGGGUUCGGGGAUGAUUCAAUACGGCAAGGCACUAUUGCGGCCGGAGCAGAAGGGGAGUUAGGAUGCAGUGAUGUACCUGGCUGGGUUGAUAGCUAUGCAAAGUCGAGCGCGGCGACAUCUGAAGGGGCAAAACCCGCGGAUGGAAAGGCUGCGACGAAUGCGGGGAAAUCAAAAUCCCAGAAGCGGGCAACAGAUGAGGAUGGCCCAUUCAACGACGAGACUACUCGGCAAGAGAGCCCUGACGCGAAGGAGGACCCUUCGAAGCCACAUGUGGACGACGGAACUGAUGACUACCUACACCACCCAUUACCGGAGUCAACAGUCACAAAACCAAACGAGAAACCACCAGCAGAUUCGAAAGGAGACCAUGCGGAUAUUCAGUCGAUACAAGAGGGAGCAGAGAUAUCAGGCAAGAUUGUACUUUUGAGCCGUGGCGGAUGCGGUUUCUUGGAGAAAGUGAAGUGGGCACAGAGAAGAGGAGCAAUUGCUCUUAUGGUUGGAGAUGAUGUGCAAGGAGGUCCUUUGAUUCAGAUGUACGCUCGAGGAGAUACCUCGAAUGUUACGAUCCCAUCCAUAUUCACGUCUAGAACUACAGCACAUCUUCUAUCUUCUUUGAUCGGCCCAGGAAGCUUCAUUGAAGAUGUGGUCGAUGAGAACGGCAAAGGGAGUCUUAAGCUCCAGUUUACGGAUAAGCUCAAGAAAGGAGGAGUGAAGAAGCAGGGAUCCCAUCCAACAUUCACACCUACCACAGGAUUACCCGAAAUUACUGGGAUCCCACGAGCGGUUUCGAAAGUUUCACAAAAGAAGACUUCCAAGGCUGUAGGGAAGAUUGCAGAUACGACAUCGAAGAAACCGGGAUGGUUCAGAUCUAUCUUUUUUGGCUCUGGUGCGGGAAGUUCCAAGUCAGAGGUUAGCCGACCACCAGGGAGUGGUAGGCUUGACUGGGUUCUGGUUGAUGAGUGGAAGGAUGAUGACGAAGUAACGACUAAGAAGGUGUCGACGAAAGCGAAAAAGUUGGACGACAGCAAGGGUACCGAGAGCAAGCCUGCCCCCAAAGCUCCUGGAGACGAUUUCCAGAUAGGUGUUCAGGACUGGCGUGAUCCGGAUUUAGUGAAGAAGCCUGGGAAGGACGGAGAGGUGAAAGCUCCUGUGGCUAAAGUUGAAGGAAAACCGGUUGCUGCAGUUCAGAAUGCUGCCCCAAUCCCAACUUUGAGUGGGAAGAAGCAUACUGGAGGUGCUGUCCAGGACGUUCCCGAGUUCUCUCCACCACUGAGAGGCGGUAGCAUUACGCCAGGAAGUGGAGAAUACGUGGGCAAGGGACCAGAGAAUGCCCCCCAACCGGCGGAGCAGAAAGCUGCGACUACGAAUGGAAAUUCUAAUAGCCUUCUCACCACGAUCUUCGGAGCCGAUGAGGAGAAUGUCGAGAUUUUGCCCAACAAGAACGCUCCAGUUGAGCUUGCAAAGGAAAAUGAAGGAAAUGGAGAGAAUGAGGAGGAAGGAUUGUGGGUUACUUUGACGCCAACAAGUGGAGCAAGUCCAUUCCUCGAUACACUUCUGGUCUUGGUCGUAAGCCCAUUGGUUACCUUGACGGUAGUUUAUGCUCUGUUGUUGAUCAGAUCUCGCAUUCGGCGCCGUCGCUGGAGAGCACCAAAGUCUGUAGUAGAAAGACUACCCGUCCGGACAUACCAGACCAUAGUCCCGUCAAGGAGCCCAUCGCCAAGAAUACCCAGAACACCGAGUCCUAACAGUUCGACUGCAACUACACCACUCCUUGCAAACUCGCCUCGGACUAGACCUCGUCCACGGUCAAGAACCACAAGCGGAUUACCAGAACCUGGGGAUUCGAUGCGCAGCUCAAAUCCUUUACAGGUCCCUGUGAUGCCGUCUCGAGCACCAGAGCAUGAGAAGAAUGCCAGUGAGUCUAGCGAAUGGAGGAAGCACAUGGGCAAGCAAGUCGAGUGUGUUGUUUGUCUUGAAGAGUAUGUUGCCGGGGUUAGUCGUGUGAUGAGUUUGCCUUGUGGCCACGAGUUCCACGUUGAUUGCAUAACACCUUGGUUGACUACACGCCGACGAACGUGUCCAAUCUGCAAGGGCGACGUGGUACGUUCGCUUGCGAGGGGAUCGCCGUCGAGUCCUCGAUAUGAACCAUAUCACGACGACAGCGACGAUGAUAUCCAAGCACAAGCAGCAGAGUCCAUCAACAACUCUUCUUCAUCUGCACUACCUAUCGGAAGGAGCUACGACAGCCGUUCGGACAUUGAGCAAGGCAUUGCUUCUCCCACGCCUACACGACCACGCCGAGCUCCGCAGUCAGGUAGCUGGCGAGCCCUUCUUGCCAGCAGUCUCGGCUCAUCAUCACGCAGUCCUCAACCUCAGCCAGAGGAUCGUGAUAGGUGAACCUGUAGUGUAGACAACAUAUUCAUAUUCAGGAGCAUUGCUUCAAGCAAGUGCUGUUUCUUUUAGGUUUCUAGGGAUCUGUUGCCCUGUAGGGCAACCAAAUGGAAGGGAGGUUGGGGUUUAUGGAUUGGACUGGAUCGGAGCACAGCGAAGGCGCAUACCACUCGUUUAUAUCUUCUUUUUAUUUUAUUAUUUGUUGCUGCGCUACGGCAGAAGAGCAGCGUGACUGAUCAGUCGUGGAAUUAAUAUCCUAUCGAGAUAUUGAGAGGAGCGGCGGGCGGGCUGUAAGUAUUGUCAGGCAGUCUAAAGAUAGACAUGUACGUACAGAGAGGACACCAACUGUCCUGGUUUUUCAUAGAGGAAUGAGAGAGACUUGAAAC